UUGGUGGGAGGUGAACGAAAAUCCUAAGUAUUCUAAGUGUGGAGACUGACUUGGUCUAGCAAGGAGGAGAGGAAUUGCUCUCUUUGAAGAAGAGAGAUUUAAGUUAGAAUUUUCUUUGAAAUUGAAAGUGAAAACAAGCAAAGGUGGUGGUCUAGAGGUAUCAAGAGUGAAGAAUUUCUUGCAAGGAGAAGAGAACAUGGCACGUCGAUCUAACAAUGUUGGUCAAACACCUCCAAUUGAUGAUUUUAAUCGGGCUGUUGAUCGGAUGAUCAACGCAAUGGAGAGGCAACAUACCACUCAGGAACCGAGGACUUAUUCGAGGCUGAAUGACUUUUUGAGGCACGACCCAACAAGGUUCAAUGGAAGAGCUACGCCAGAUAAAGCAGAUGCUUGGAUCAAGGACAUUGAGAAGAUCUUUCAUGUGAUCAAGUGCACAGAUGAGGAAAAACUAGAUUACGCAACCUUCAUACUGAAAGAGGAAGCAGAGUACUGGUGGGAUGGUAUGAAGCGACUGAUGGAAUCUGAUGAAGAGGCUAUUACUUGGAACAGUUUCAAGGACAAGUUUUUGGAAAAGUACUUCCCGACUAGCGCCAAGAUCGAAAGGGAGCAAGAGUUCUUGGCCUUGCGUCAAAGUGGGAUGUCAGUGCAAGAGUACAUCGACAGGUUUGAGUAUCUUAUCCGUUUUUAUAGUCAGCACAUGACGGAAGGGUGGAAGUGUCAAAGAUUUGAGCAGGGUCUGAGGUAUGACCUGAGGAGAAUGAUUGUACCUCUUGAAAUCAAGAAGUUUCCAGCCUUAGUUGAGAAGACAAAAAAGGUGGAGUUACUGGAAAUGAACCGAAACCGAGUUGACAAGACUCAGAAGGACAAGUUUAUUAGAGGAAAGCCAUGGAAGAAGCCAUAUCAGCGACCCCAACCGCUUAUGCGAACAGCCGUGAAAUGUUUUGAAUGCGGUGGUGCGCACUACAAGAAGGAUUGUCCUAAGCUCUCUGGAGUGAAGGUUGAAGAGAAGAGGUGCUUUGUGUGUAACAAGCUAGGACAUUUCGCUCAUGUUUGUCCUGAGAAGAAGAUAGCAUAUGCACCACAACAACCAAGUUCUUCAGGCGUGAAGCCCAAGAUAGCUGGAAGAGUUUUCGCUUUGACCGGUGAAGAGGCUGCAAAGCCAGAAACUAUUUCAGAUGAAUUAGCAGAUGGUUCUGAAAAUGCUUAGAAGAUGAGAGAUCUGCGGGGAAAAGGAGACAUGGGGAAUUUCUAAAAUAGAUCUAUGUUUGAAUUUCCGAACUGUGUGAAAUUUUAAAUUUCAGAAGUUUAUGAACUGUGUGGACUUUUAUUUUCAGAAGACUUGUGCUGUAAUAAAGAACUUAAAAUUUUGUUGGUGUUA